CACAACACCAACCUCAGUUGAUCUUUCAAAAUUACUCUCCGCUUUUGAUACCCCUCACUUUAUACCAGGAACCCCGGACACUAUGACUUAUUCCGUCCUCAUCUUCGCUUACCGCAAGCCCGGCACAACCCCAGAGCAGUUCCGAGCACACUACGAGGGCAAACAUGUACCUUUAGUCAAGGAGAUCAGCGGAGAGCACUUUCCACUGAGCCAUACCCGGCGGUACAUUCAUCGCACGGCAGGCAAGGCGGCGGACACGGAGGCCAACGCGGACUUCCCAGCGACCGUUCUCAUCGGCUCCCAGAGGGACUUUGAUUACGAUGCUUUCGCCGAGCUGAGCUUUGUCGACGCCGGCGCGUUCCAGACUUUCUUUGGCAUCACUCAGCAGCCAGAGAAUGCUGCACGGAUCGCGGCGGACGAGGAGCAGUUCCUUGAUCGUUCACGAAUGACCGUUGUUGUUCUUGGAGAAACCAUUUCGACUACGAAGUAGGUGGACAAGGUGGGCGGGUGGAUUGCGUACAACAUGCAAGGCUCUUUCAUCAUAGACAACAAGUGUAGGGAGAUGAAAUAUGAGAGAACCAGUUUAGUCCGAGUCCUUUUUGGUAAUCAGCUGCACAUGUGCUGCAGGCGCAUCAUCGGGCAAGUGUAGGCCUUGUGCGGUUCAGAAAGUCGUUUGAGAAUACAGCGAUGUUCGUGUA